UUGUUAUUCUCGAAUACUCAUCAUCAGAUUGAUUCAUCGAAUGAUGUUUGUCCAGCCCGCGUGCUUACUGUCCCAGCUGAUUCGACUACGCCUGACAAAACUCGCCAAGCCCAAUCGACUCUAUUCGCCUCUGCUUCACCUCCUAACUCUCCUGUCCACGCUGGUGCAGUUUAUCUCGUAUCCGUCUCAGAACGCGAGCCUUUGUCUGAUAAGGAGGCUGCCAGAUCUAACAAUAGUUAUGAGUGUUCGAAUUCAGCUCACUUGUCUCCGACUCCUCGAGUCACUGGGCCUCGCCUUGGUGCUUCUCCCACAGCUCUAGAACGUCCAGUUGCGACACGUGCCCUGCUUGAGAAUAAAUUCAAACCGGUUCCUGCGCAGACUAAUAAUAACAGCAUUGACAUACUGGAGUCCGGAAAAUCACCGAAACCUGCUGCUGGCAUCCAAGUGGACUCCACUAGGGCAAGUGCUGCUCGGAUUGCUUUCACUGGUUUUUCAUUAUUGAGCCCAGCUGAAAUAGAGCAUCGUGCUUCUCAGAACACGACGUCUAUACCGCUGCCUAAAGUAUCUGUCGGUUCUCCCACAGAUAUUUCUACUGUGCCCCGAACGGUAUUGCUUGACACCCGCAGCUUGAGCCCCAGGUUGCCUGACCUGACUAUGCCUAAAUCUAAACAGAUAAAUAACAUGGACAACAGCAUACAUUUGAGAUGGACGCCUAUAGCAACUGUUUCAGUUCCAUUGACUGUCGCUGAGUCACCUGAAGCUUCUGAGUCAGAGCAAGAGAAUUUACGACCGGCCGCCCAUCGUCACCUGUUAGAAUCUACACGAUUGAAUCCUCUGCAUUCACAAGAGGCCUCUUUUCGCGUGGAUCGCUGUGUUACCAGUCUUCUCAAGCCCGUCAGCGGGCGCUUACCUUCUGCUGCGACACAAGCUUCAUCGGCAAACGUGGAUAGUCUAGGAUCCGACCGUCCUGGCUCAAGUAAAAAAGAGCUAAAUCCACACUUAAACGCUGAGUCCUCAACGAAAGCUGACUUAAAUAAUGAAUUUUCUCGUAAUUGUGAUGUGAAUUUAGUUUCUUCUCAAGAGAAGGCUAUUAAAACUACCUCUCCACAUCUCAGUGACGUUAUGGAGGCUUGUCUCCGCAAUGUAGAUGAUGCAGUCUUAGGCCCUCAGAUUUCUGAAUUGAGGCCGAUACCUGACGACAGAUCUGGAAGUCGCUUUGUUUCCGAGGAUACAAAUAGUUCUGUACCAAGUUGGAGCUGGCAAUCAACUAUCCAUCUUAUGGAGGAGCGUUCUCGUCUUGAGCGGAAGAUUUUACACUUAAAAGUCACUUAUCGCACCUACAAGCAACGUCUGGCCAACCUUGAUUCUGUACUAAGCUUGCUACAUUCCACUAGUGCGCCUGCCUCGGGUCUCUCGACAGGUCGGUUUGCUCCAAAUCCGCAUUCCUCAAUCUCUUUUGCGAAUGUAGCCAGUUCUUCUUGCCAUUCAACGUUGCCAGCGAAUACCACGGCCCGCCAAGUACAUCAAACUGGACAACAUUCUCAUAGCAGACACCUCACCUGUUCCCCAUUGAUGGCCCCUUCCCAACCCCGUGAUUCUUUUCUACAAAAUGGAAAUCAGUCAAUCAAAGCAUUUGCAUCUGAUCCGUUAUCUUUCAAAUUUCUUAAAAAGCCGGAUGGUGCUCCUCUUGUCUCUUGCCCUCAAACAUCGCCAAUCGUGUCGAUAAGUCAUCGGUCAACGUCGCAGCCAAGAAAUGUUUUAUCUUAUCUUGAUCCAGAACGGCGUGUUUCAUAUCUACCUUGUACCGUGCCCUCCGAUCACCCUAACAAAUCGCGAGAAACAGAAUCCGCUUCGCUUAACUCUGAACUUAAUGGCGCUUGUCUUUCUGGUCAGAAUUUGGCCUGCGAUUUGAUACGUGGUCAGCCUUCUUUGGUGAAUGAACCCGCGACGGUGACGAUGGAAGCUUUGGGUAGCUCG